AUGACAGGGAUGAGAAAUCAUACAACCAUAACAACAUUCAUCCUACUGGGGUUGACGGAUGACCCCAAACUACAAGUUCUACUCUUUCUGUUUUUGUUUCUCACUUACAUGUUGAGUGUGGCUGGGAACCUCACCAUCAUCACGCUCACACUUCUGGAUCCCCAUCUUAAAACACCCAUGUACUUUUUUCUCCGAAAUUUCUCGUUCUUAGAAGUCUCAUUCACCACGGUGUGUAUUCCCAGAUUCCUGUACAUGAUGGCGACAGGAGAUAACACUGUUACCUACAAUGCUUGCGCCACUCAGUUGUUUUUUGUUGUUUUCUUCGGAGCAACAGAAUUUUUCCUCCUCGCCGCCAUGUCUUAUGAUCGCUAUGUAGCCAUCUGCAAGCCCCUGCACUACACCACCUUAAUGAACAACCGAGUGUGCACGGUUCUUGUCCUCGCCUGUUGGUUUGCUGGCCUGCUGAUCAUCCUCCCGCCUCUUGGCAUAGGCCUCCAGCUAGAGUUCUGCGACUCCAACGUGAUUGACCAUUUUGGCUGUGAUGCCUCUCCCAUUCUACAGAUAACCUGCUCAGACACGGCGUUUAUAGAGAAAAUAGUCCUGGCUUUUGCCAUACUGACACUCAUCAUUACUCUAGUGUGCGUGGUCCUGUCCUACGCUUACAUCAUCAGGACCAUCCUCAGGUUCCCUUCCGCCCAGCAGAGGAAAAAGGCCUUUUCCACUUGUUCGUCCCACAUGAUCGUGGUUUCCAUCACCUACGGCAGCUGCAUCUUCAUCUACGUCAAACCUUCAGCAAAGGAAGGGGUGGCCAUUAAUAAGGUUGUGUCCGUGCUCACGACAUCAGUUGCGCCUUUGCUUAACCCAUUCAUUUAUACACUUCGAAACAAGCAAGUGAAAGAAGCUUUCAAAGACACAGUAAAACGAGUCGCGUUUCUCACAAAGAAGUAA